UAUGCCGCUUAAGUCGGAGAGACGCGUAAAAUAACGAGGAGCGAAGAUGCCAGUAAUAAUAGAUAACAGUAUACGGAGAUUACGUUCGGUGGCGUUAAAACCCGGCUUCGGUUACGUAAGAUCCGGGGUUACAACACCGAAUAUCGGUCGAUAUCGGUGCGGAACGCUGAUAAGAAGUCUCGCCGUGGAAGAAGACGCGGAUUCGGACGCCGUAAUCCGCGGCAUUCAGCUGCGGGCUGCGUCACGGCGUAUUUUUUCUUCAUUUCUUUUCCCCGAGUUUCAAUGUCGCUCGUGCUCUCCCGCGAGAGCUCUGACUCGCACCGUUUGUUUUUGCCAAGUGUUUUAAGUGGCUAAAGUGAUCGCCGCGAUUCUCGUGAAUGCACAAUGGCCUUAAUUGCACAGAGCGACGAGAGAUCGUCGCGCGAGCGACCGACUACGAAAUGCGCGCAAUACGUGGGCGCGCUUGUGGCGACACUCGCCGCGUUCUCGAUCGGCACGUAUUUGUCAUGGACGUCGUCCGCCCUGCCACUUUACAACGCGAACGACACGCUGCCUGUCAGCGAUCAGGAGGGCUCCUGGAUCUCCUCCUUGGUCCCGCUCGGUGCUAUCCCGACCGCUAUCCCGGCGGGGAUGCUCGCGGAUAGGUUCGGUCGAAAGAGGACGAUUUGGGCGACGACCGUGCCCUUAUUUUUCUGCUGGUACAUCAUCGGAUUCGCGCGGUCCAAGAUAUGGAUUUUCCUGGCGCGGUUCGUUGCGGGGGCAGCGUGCGGCGCAGCAUCCGUCGUUGUUCCCAUGUUCACGUCUGAGAUUGCCGAGCAGAGCAUUAGGGGCUUGCUCGGCACCAUUUUCCAAUUGCAGAUUACCGCCGGAAUUCUCUUCGCAUAUGCCACUGCUUUCACCGAUAGCUUGCACGUCAUCGCGAUACUGUGUUCCGUUGCGCCCGCUUUGCUUUUGAUCUCCUUCCCGUUCGUACCGGAAUCACCGGCGUGGCUGGUCAUGCAGGGUCGGAAGAACGAGGCGAGUGACGUGCUGAAACACUUCAGAGGGGCUCGAUACAACACCGAGACGGAAUUGGCCACGCUCGAGCUUCGGGCCUCGGAAAUGCGCGAGGCCAGGCCCAAUAUUUCGGACUUGAAAAAAUAUCAGAGAGCGACCUGCGUCACAAUUGGUUUAAUGUUUAUCCAGCAACUCGCCGGCGUUAACGCUCUGAUAUUCUACGCGAAGAGGAUCCUCGACGACGCGGGCUCGAUUCUGAACUCGUCCACGUCGUCGGUGAUCGUCGGUGUCGUACAAGUGAUCGCCACGUAUUUUUCGACCAUUAUGAUCGAACGCGCCGGCAGAAAGCUAUUGUUGUUCAUCAGCGCGUCAGUGAUGGCUGUUUCCAUGUUCACGUUGUCGGGGUAUUUUCAUUUCCAGAACUCGCACGAUCUCACGAGCUUCUCGUGGAUCCCUCUGCUCUCGUUCGCGGCGUUCAUCGUGAUUUUCAGCAUCGGCUUCGGCCCCAUACCGUGGCUGAUGGUCGGCGAGCUGUUCGCGAGCAAAGUGAGAAGCGCGGCGAGCGCUGCCGCCGCGAUGUGCAACUGGUCGCUGGCUUUUCUGGUGACAAAGUGCUUCCAGGACAUGGUGGAUCUCAUGGGAAUCUCGUCGUCGUUCGCUACGUUCGGUAUGAUCAGUUUAAUCGGGACCAUAUUCGUCUCCGUGAUGGUGCCGGAGACGAAGGGCAGGAGCGUCGAGGAGAUUCAGCUCGAGUUGUACGGGACGCAAAUUAGAAUCCCGAGGGAGUCGGCGGCGGUGGAAACACGAUGAAACAUGAUGAAACAUAAUGAAAUAAUUACUGAAUCAAGAUGCUCAAUUGUAGAAACGCGGUCGCGACACUCGUUUGUAUGAACACUUUAUAGGUUGCCGGUAAUCGGGGGUGCGUAAUUAACACUUAAUCCCAGAAAGUGCGGCUUUAAAAUCUGCAUGAAAGGAAUCUCCAUGGGUAUGCUAGAGCUUCUCUGAUAAUUAGAGAAAAUUCUUACGCCACUGAGGAUAACUUUUAGCGCGUUAUGCUUUUUUUGCAUUUAUAACUUUUACGCGUUAUAAAUGAUCUGCUGCUCUUUAAAUAUUUACGCGGAGAGAAAAUUUACCCUGAAAAUCAUGUGAUCGUGGGACAACGCGGCAUUUCGAAAAACUUUAUGGGAGUUGGUUGAAAUGUUACCACACAUUUUAUUAGCAAAAUGUAGGAUUAACAUUUCAGGAAACUUUUACCAUAAAUUUUAUUAGUAAAAUGCACGGUAAAAUUUCAAGCAACUCUCGUAAAGUUCUUCGAAACGCC